AUGGUCUCCCAGUCCUUCUAUGCUGCGAAGCACAUUCAAGCACCACCUCGUAGUCGUCCUAAGGUCACCCUCAGCAAAGAAGCUCGCACGGCACUCAAGUUUCAGCGAACCGAGAAGUUGCGUCAAUUCAAGGAUGCGCUUGAUCUUGCAUGGGGCCAAAUUGACGAUGUUACAACAACCAUUGCUGCUACCCAUCGCAAGAGCUUCCAUCGUGUACAGCACGAUUUAUACAUGGGUUGGGGAUCACUCUGUUCGAAGCAUUCAAAGCCCAGUGUUUGGAACGCAUUUUGCUGGAAGAAAUCUCAGGAAGCGAAGAAAGAGAACUGCAAUGGCCACGGAAAGGAGGCACUCCAGUCACUGGUCCACGACCACAAGGACGAAUACCACGCUCUCACACAGGAAGAACAACAAGAGUUGCUCCAGGAAUUCGCCGACCAGAAGGAGACCAAGGUCUCUGGGUUACGUGUCUCAACAAAGUCGAAGAUCAACGACAUCACUCAAACCCUGAAGGCGGUAGAAAACGAGCUCAAUAGUUUAAAUUCUCGCACUGGUGCUGAGGUCAUGUUGUAUAUGAUGCGCGGUACUACUGAUCUACCUCUCCGUGCAAUCACCUUCACAACACUGGGUGUCAAUCACUUUAUGGACUCUGUCAUCAGCAUCAAUACUCAGGACUUCCUCAGCAAGAUGGAAGGUUUCGCUAUCCAAGGGAUACAAGGUGCCGCAAGCAACCAUCAAAAAGAGGUCUCUAAGGUUCGUGGAGACAUUCGAGCAAUCAUCACCCAGAAAUUGAGGAAGGUGACCGGAGAAAGCAAUGCCAGGAUGCAGUGGGCAGACUACUUUCAUAACGUGGUCAACCGCUAUCAGGUCGCCAUCAAAGGAUGGCCGGAGCAUAUCCCAUUCACAAACCUCAGCAGUGUGACCAACGCGCUUCCGGACCUCCAUACUCUUUUAGACUGUUGGAAGUCGGGCGAUACAAGGUGGGAAGUGUUGAAUGACGAGGAACUUGAGCAACUCCGUCGCGAGCGCAAUGAAAAAAUUGACAGUGGUGACAUUAUCGAGUCCCGCCGCAGGACACAGUCCGACAAGGGUAAGAAGCGAGUACGACAUGCGAUAGCUGACCCCAGAUGUAGCAAGAAGCACAAGAGUGCGGAGACCAUUGAGUCCAGUGACGACGAAGAUACCCAGAGUCAUGGACGGACACCAGACAGUUCGGAGGAUGUCAGCACCACUCCGAACGCCAACUCGAACUCUAAUAUGACUAGGUGUACAGCUGGACAGACACCAGAUGGUUCGGAGGAUGUCAACACCACUCCAAAUGCCAACUCAAACUCUAACACGAGUGGGUGUACUGCCGAGCACCCAGUAAUGUCAAUUCCCCCAGACUCAAUCAUCCUUUCCCCUUCGAGCAGCACCCCAGUACCAUAA